AUGGAUAUUGAUUUUCAAGAAAUCCAUGAAGAACAGGUUGCUAACAGAGAUGAAUAUUUUGAUAAUAAUGAUGAUGAUGAUGAUGAUGAUGAUGAUGAUGAUGAUGAUGAUGAUGAUGAUGAUGAUGAUGAUGAUGAUGAUGAUGAUGAUGAUGAUGAUGAUGAUGAUGAUGAUGAUGAUGAUGAUGAUGAUGAUGAUAAUAAUAAUAAAUUUUCUAAAGAAUUUUUAGCAAAAGCAUUAUUAAUAAUGGCAACUAAAUUAGAAAGGAGUUUAAAUUACGUAGAUAGUCAAAUAAUGCUGCAAUUAUCGGAUGCACUUAAAAACUCGUCAUCAAAUCAUUUAUCAAAGUAUUAUAUGAAAAAAAUUUUGUAUAAAUAUUCCACUAGUAUGGCCAUACAUCAUUUUUGUAAUGAAUGUCAUCGUCAUGUUGGUCCUCAACCUCCAAAGCCGAAAAAAGAUGAAGAAUUACAUUGCAGCUUUUGUAAGAAAAGUUUCAAAAUUAUUGAAAACACGGAAAAAGGAAACAUAUUUAUUUAUCUUUCUCUUGCUGAACAGUUGAAACAAUUAUUUGAAAAUCAUCACGAAUUAAUCGUAAAUCCAGCGGAACGACCACACUCAUAUGCUAUAAGGGAUAUUUUUGACGGCAAAUUAUACAAGCGAAAUAAAGAGAACUUGAUCAGUAUCAAUUCUAGUCUCGAUGGCGUUCCAAUCUUUGAAAGCUCAAACUAUUCUAUUUAUCCAUUGUUGUGUACUUUGAACGAGUUAAGUGCUGGUAAUCGACGAAAACAUAUAAUGCUUGUUAGCUUAUGGUUUGGGAAAGGCAAACCUGCUUUUUUUAAUGAAUAUCUCACACCAUUCGUCGAAGAGUGUAAAGUUUUGUAUACGAAAGGAUUUAAAUAUAAAUUUGAAGGCGAGAAACUCAUUCAAAGAUGUCGAGCGCUGAAUUGUAUUUGUGACUCAGUUCAAAGGCCAAAAAUGCGAGGUUCCACUCAGUAUAAUGGACCUUAUGUCUGUGGAUUAUGUUUGCAUCCUGGUAAAACGUGUGUAAAAGGUUUAGGUCAUACAAGAGUGUAUCCAGUAGGCAAGAAAAAAAAUUUUUACGGGGAUGGCUUGAGGAAUCAUGAUGAUACUCUGGUACAUGCUGCGAGAAACGAAAAUGUUAAUCAUAAUAAACACUUUUACUAUGGAAAACACAUUAAAGAUGUUGAUAAAAUUUUAACUUCCUAUAAGCCGUCGUUGGAAGUAUCGAGAACUCCACGAGCAAUGUCUGAUAGGAUCCACUGGAAGGCUCAUGAAUGGAUAAUUUGGCUACUAUUUUAUAGUCUGCCAACAUUAAAAUCAAUAUUUUCAAGGGAAUUAUUAGAACAUUGGAGUCUUCUUGUUGAAGCUAUUGCGAUUUUGUCAAAAAGCUCGAUUAUGCCGUCCGAAAUUUUUUAUGCAGAACGGUUGUUAUUAGAGUUUAUUGAGAAAACUGAAACAUUGUACGGAAAAGAGUUUGUAUCGUUUAAUGUUCACCUGCUAUCUCAUCUCAAAAAAAGCGUUUUAAACUGGGGUCCAGUCUCAACACAUAGUGCUUUUCUGUAUGAGGAUUAUAACCAAAAUUUGCAAAAAUAUGUUAAAAGCUCAAAUGGUGUAGCAUUACAAGUGUGUGAUAACUUUCGAUUAAAGUCAGCCGUCGAUAAUCUAGAAUCUUUAUGUCAAGAAAACUUAUCACACCAGCAACAAAAAUAUCUAGACGGAUUAUUUGGAAGGAAAGAGCGCUUCAAAAUCUCUUGUUCACUUUCAGCUACUCAUCAUUUAUUAGGAAACGUGAUUAAAGUGAAAAAUUCACGACAAUAUAGAUUAAUGUUGCAACGAGAAAUUGGAAUGAUUGAGGAUGGUUCGACGAUAAGUUAUUUUUCACGAGCACGAAUAAAUGCUGAAAUUAUCCACUCACUUAGAUAUUCCGAACAAAAAGUCAAAAAAAGAAACAGUUAUACCGUAUUUUUAUCUGAUAAGCAAGUUUUUGAAGUUGAAUUAUUUCUUACUAUUACUAACAAAAUUGGAGUGGUAAAGGGUUACGCAGUUGGAAAAUUAUUCAAAUCAUCACAAACACAUUUAGUUGCUAAUAAAAAUUUCGAUCACUUGAUAUUAGUAAACAAAAAUUUGUCGCAGAAUAAAAUUAUUGUCAAUAUUGAGAACAUUCGAGAAAAAAUUACCCUCUUAAAAAAUAAAAAAUUAAAAUAUUUAGUAGCUUGCAUUCAUCCAAGUCGUUCUGAAAUUUUAAUAAGCCACGAGAGGUCAGAAAUGACACGCAUACUACAAGGCAACCUGAAUAGGUGCGCCUUGGCGCAAAAUCUGCUGCGCCAGCGUGUUUUUGAAGAUAAAAUUGACGUCUGCUUUAUCUGCGAGCAAUAUCUAAACAUCAAAGGCAAAACAUGGUUCGCAGAUAAAACGGGCACGGCAGCAAUUUGGAUUGUGAACACAAAGAACGUUACCUUCAACAACAGCGGAAGUGGAGCAGGUUUUGUCUGGAUUCAAACUCCCACAACUUACUUCAUGAGCCGGAAGUGGAAUGUCAGGCAGCUCGAUCCAGAGGCACUGCGAGCUUCACUUGCAAAGAGCUGUUCUACCCUACAGAACAACCCGACUCCGGAUACUUGCAGCGAGACAGAAAGGACAGUGCUAAAUAUGAUGAAGGAGAUUUUUGCCGCAUGUGACGCCUCUAUGCCGCGAUUGAAAAACCGGAGUUUUCACAGGCUGGCGUAUUGGUGGUCAACAGACAUAGCAGAACUUCGCAAAAUAUCCCAUCAACUACGUCGCCGCGCAACGAGAACCGCAAAACGCUCUCCAAGCCAGGACUUGUAUUCAAAAGAGUACAAGCAGACCAAAAAGACGCUAAACCGAGCCAUCAAAGCAAGUAAAGCAAAGUUGUGA